CUUGCGGAGCAUGUGAUUGAAAAAGAGGAGCCCCGGUUCCAACUCCUGGCCCCAACCUGGCUCUUCUGGGUUCACACGGGAAUUUCGCUCGAACGCAUUCAUCGCGCAAAACUGCCGCCCGUUGCGUGAAGGUCGGUUGGUGCAUUGUCUAAGCGGCAAAAAGGAAGAGGCUACCCGCACAACCCGCGCUCCACGACGGCACAGCGAGCUUAAUUUGUCUUGGCGUUACGAAAUUCGUUGGUAGUUGUUUUGCGGGUCACGAGCCGCUCGAUCAUCCAUCUCCGCGUGUGCGCCUCGACUAUUACACUACACUACACUAGUACUUCCACCCGCAUCUCCACCUCUCCGACAAUUGCCGACGACAUCACUGCUGCCCGGUGAUGCUGGCAAAGCUCAACGCUUUUCUCUGCUAAGUCGGUCUUCAACACCGAAUCCUGAGGAUGAGCACAUCAGCAGCUGGGCCCUCGGGGCUCGACAACGUUCGCCACCGCGCACGAGAGCAGUCGUCAGACUCGAUUGACAAUGUACUCCGCCCUGCCGAGGGGGCCAAUUCGGUUACAGAGGACGUGGGCCAGGGCCGCUCGAAGAGGACGUACGGGCGCACUCCGGAUGGGACAGUCUUCGUUGUCCCUGAGACUCACGACAUGGUGUCUCAGCUCCUAGAUCCGCGCGAACCCAAGAACAUUUCCGAUGUUGUGGUGCUUGCCAUUCUCGCCCUUCACAUCUGGGUCGCGUACGCCUUGCCCUGGAGCCUCAAGCGCCCCGUCUUUGCGCUCGUCUUUCUCUUCUGGAGGGCUUCGUACAAUGUGGGCAUAGGCUUCCUCUUGACCGUCCAGUCCAAGUACAGGCUGCUCGUGACAUGGGCCAAGCGGUCUCGGCUCUUUGAGGACCCCUCGGCGGGCCAGAACCCGCGCCCGUGGCUGUAUCAGCUGCUCAAAACCGAACUAGAGACUAAGAUCCCUAAGGACUACAAGAUGGGCCAGGCGCCCAUUGAGUACAACACCUGGCUUGUCUUCCGUCGUCUGGUGGAUCUCAUUCUCAUGUGCGACUUUGUCUCGUACUGCCUGUUUGCCAUUGUCUGUGCCCACAAGCCGGCCGGCGAGGGGUUCGCCAUUGCCGCGGCUCGUUGGAUCUUCGGCAUUGCUCUCGUCGGCUUCAACCUGUGGGUAAAGCUGGAUGCCCACCGAGUCGUCAAAGAUUAUGCCUGGUACUGGGGUGAUUUCUUCUACCUCAUUGAGCAGGAACUCACCUUUGACGGCGUCUUCGAGAUGGCCCCGCACCCCAUGUAUUCCAUCGGCUAUGCUGGGUAUUACGGUAUCUCGAUGAUGGCUGCCAGCUAUGACGUGCUGUUCAUCUCCAUUCUUGCCCACGCCGCCCAGUUUGCCUUUCUGGCCAUCGUUGAGAAUCCUCACAUCGAGAAGACCUACAACCCGCCCCCGCCCCGCCGGCGCGCCGAGUCGGAGAUCACCGGCCACUCCGAGGCAACUGCCGAGUCGGCCAGGAAAGCGACCGCCGCGCCCGCCACUCCCCUACCCGUCCACAACAUGGUUGGCUUCAAGAACUUUGACCCCUUCCGGACCACCGACUGCGCGUCAGUGCUCCUUGUUGGCUACCUUGCAGCGCUCGCCCUUGUGACGCCGUCCACUCCCUUCUACCAAGGCCUUUUCGUGUUGAACGCUAUCGUGUGGCGCUUGUGGUAUUCGGUCGGCCUUGGUAUCAUCCUGACCAAGCAGUCCAAAGAAAAGAUGUUCACCAGGCACUUCCUCAAGUUCGGCGAGACUCCGGCCGAAGCCUGGCGUCAGUGGAAGGGCAUGUACCACCUGAGCAUGGCGCUGUGCCACUCCUCAUUCCUCGCUGCGUGUUGGAAGAUGUACCACUACCCCGCCGACUGGGGCUACGGCUGGGUCCUCCUCAAGCAUGUGGUCGGUCUGAGCUGUGUAGCACUGCAGAUCUGGACCGCCACCAGCAUCUACGACUCCCUGGGCGAGUUCGGCUGGUUCUACGGCGACUUCUUUUUUGAUAGCAACGGGAAGCUGACCUACAAGUUCAUCUACCGCUUCCUCAACAACCCCGAGCGUGUCAUUGGCACUGCGGGCUUGUGGGGUAUGGCCCUCAUCACGUGGAGCAAAGCCAUCUUCCUGGUCGCCCUCAUCGGACAUAUCCUGACGCUCGGCUUCAUCUCAUAUGUUGAGAAGCCGCACAUGCAAAAGAUCUACGGCGAGAACCUGCGCAAGGAGGCUGGGCUCACCAAGUUCAUCAAGCGCUCGCUUCCCCAGCCGGUCAAGGAGCUGCAGGAGAGCGUGGACAAGGUCUGGGAGGACUCCAAGCACUUCUUCGACGACUUUGUCGAUGUCGCUCGCACGAAGCUGGGUGCCGGAUCCUCGACCAUCGUCCGAGACACGUCGGCUCUGUUCAAUAAGUACCCUGCUCGUCUCACCCUCAGCCGCAUCUCACCCGAUCUCGCCGGCUACGACCCCAAGCACUACAGCAUUUCCGUGGAGGGCACACCCCUGGUGGGCGCCGACGAGAGGGCGACCGGCAAAGAGAGCGCUAACGCCCGCGUGUCCAAGGCUGUCAAGACCAAGGUGUUCGAGUACGGCGCCCCGAUCCGCGUCAAGUGGACCGCUCCCGCAAACCACGCCAAGAAGGACUGGGUCGGCCUUUACAUGGUCACGGAUAACACCUCGCGCGAGGUCACUGAGGUCCCGUCCCUCGGCCGUUGGGUGCCGACGCGCCCGGGAGAGUACGAUAUCACCACCGACCAGGGCAUCGUCUCGUACGACCAGCCGACCGCCACCUCGUCAGCAUCGCCCGAGGUCAACCUCGUGCAAGGCGAGAUGGUCUUCGAAGGCGACAAACUCUGGUGGACGCAGGGUGUCUUCGAGUUCCGCUACCACCAUGGCGGCAGCCACAACGUCAUGUCCAUCUCGGAGCCCUUCGAAGUGCGUCUGGCCAAGGUGGAGGACGAGGAUGCCGGGCCCGAGGAUGUCGAGCGCGCGCUGUUGCCGAUUGUCCGGAACUGCCUCGACCGCGACCCGGAUAUUGCGCCCACCACGCCCGAGGAGCGAUUCGGAGGCCACGUCGAGCGCGACAGCAAAUACGCCAAACGUGUCGUCUAUGCAAUCCAUCACAUGUUUGGCAUCGAGUUCGCUCCCGCCGUCGUACCGGCCGACGGGAACGUGCGGAAGCUGGCUUGGCGGAUUUGCAGCGCCAAGGAAGUCCUUGCGCCUUACAGCAUGUCCCAUAGACAAGGUCCGUCGACACCAGUUAGGGACAAGUUUUCGGACUCGUUUUAGAGCGGAAUCACGGUGUUGUCGACGAUGAAUGGUCUGCGUUUAAUGAUCAGAGAGUAGAGUACGGAUAUGGUGUGUUUGCCUUUGGUGUGAUGCCUUGAGAUACCACUGAUAGAUAUGGGCGGGCGUUGGUGAAGCGUGUCUAUUUGUAAAAGUAUCCAGAGCUGGGGUAGUAAGAAAAAAAAAUAAACACGUUGGUGGUGGUUGCGG